AGGCACCUACCUGCCGCCAACGGAUGCACCUCGACCGCCGAGGCAGCGUUGCGCCAAGGACUCGUCACGUGGGGCUGCGGCCCAGGGAAUAAAAGCGGAGCGGGCGAGAGCGGCCACAACUGUCGCAGCGCGGCGUCUGGGAGCAGAGCUACUCGCUGGUCUUCCUCUUUGCAGUGCCGGCGUGUGCGGGAUGAGAGGGUGCCGGGCAGACCUAAUCUGGUGAUCUCCCCGCUGGCUGCUUCCGUGUUGCUGACGCUCACCCGCCAAGGAGCCAGAGGCAUAACCAAGAGCCAGAUGGACCGGGCUUUGCAGAUCUACAUUGACAAUGAAAAAACGGCGGCUGGCUAUAAAGAGUUGCUGCAGGAGUUGCAGAUCGCUGAGCGUUUGGUGACGCUGAUUUCCCACAAUUGGCUCUUCGUGCGAGACGGCACAAAGCUGGAGGAUAACUUCUGCAAAGUGGCCAACGAGAGCUACUUUGCGCACGUCAAGCCGGAUACAUUCAACAACGUCUGGCGCAGCAACACAAACCGCGACGUCGAGAGGAUCACCCAAGGCGCAAUCAAAGACAUUUUAUCCAAAGUGGUCAUCUCAGAGGCGACGAGACUGGUGAUGUUGAAUGCAACUUUCUUUAAAGCCGGUUGGUUGACGCCGUUUAACACAGCUGAAACUUCUAAUGAGGACUUCUUCCUGGCUUACAACAACGCAGUCUGUGUUCCGACCAUGCACGGAGUGUUUACCCUCGACUGGGGAGAGGUUGGAGAUGCAGCAUUGCAAAUGAUCAUCUUGUUGCCAAAACAACUCGACGGUCUGAAGAAAUUGGAGAUGGGCCUGGAAAAUUUGGUCUUGAGUGACCUAACUCCAAAUAAUGGGCCCGUCUACGUGUCUCUACCGAGGGUGCGCAUUGAAUGCACUUUUCAGAUUAAGGAACAACUGCAAGAGCUUGGCAUCGUUCACCUGUUCGACGAGAAUGCAAAUCUUACUGGCAUUACCAAUCAGACCCUCUACGUGGAUAGUUUUAUUCAGAAGACCUUCAUCGGUUUGGAUGAGAAUGGCACGGAAGUGUGUGCUGUCCCAGUGAAGGGUGAUGUUAUUCUCUUCGUCGGAAGCGUGUUGGAUCCUAGUAAGUGA